AUGGCCAAGGCUGGCAGAGCCACCGUGCCAAGGCUGGCGGAGAUGCCUCUGGAGGACGGGGACUCAGCAAGGUGGAGGGGACAGCAGGUUAAUGGCGAGGUCAGCGGCACCCUCCAGGACGGGAAGACAGAGGACCGGCCGUGCCGGGGCACGGCAGUGCCUAAUGACGGCAGGACAGAGGUGAUGGCAGAGGGUCGAGAGCCAGAGCCAGAGCUGGGUGACGAGGACGUGAUCCCCAGGAGGAGCCCUCCGCAGGCAGGGCAGCGAGAGGAAGCCCUGAUGGCCGAGCUCUCGGAGCUGGUGCAGAAGGUGGUGAGGAGCAGCAGCUGGUGGGAACGGCACGGCGUGGACAUCAGCAUCCUCGCCUGCAGCAUCCUCCUGCUCCCGGCAGGGUUCCUGUGCCUGCGGUCAGCCCAGGCCAUCCCUUUCCUGGUGGGUGUCCUCACUCUUGGCGUGGUGCAUCACACCCUGACUGUGAAGGGCAGCCACCUGGCCAGCCACAAUGCCUUGACUGAGUCCAAGUCCUGGGGCAAAGUGUGGGCCAUCUUCUUCAUCGAGCUCUGCUCAGCUUUCACAGUUGAACAGGGCACCUACAACCAUGUGAAGAUCCACCAUGGCUACACCAACAUCAUUGGCAUGGGGGACUCCAGCACCUGGAAGGUUCCUUUCCUGAACCGCUACGUCUACAUGUUCGUUGCGCCUCUCGCAGUGCCCAUCAUAACCCCUCUGGUUGCACUUGAUCUGCUGAGGAACGUGGAGUGGAAGGCAGCUGUCCGAACCCUCUGCUGCAUGUUUCUGGGUCUCUACUGCCAUUACUGGCUGCUGCUCCAUGUCUCAGGCUUCCGGUCGCCGUGGGCUGCCCUGCUCUGCAUGCUGCUCAUCCGCUCCCUCCUGGCCCAUCCCUACAUCCAUGUCAACAUAUUCCAGCACAUUGGCCUCCCUAUGUUCGCGCCUGACCGGAAACCCAAACGGAUCCAGCUGAUGAGCCUGGGGGUCCUCAACCUGCCCCGCAACCCCCUGCUCGACUGGUCCUUCGGCCACUCGCUCAUCAGCUGCCACGUGGAGCACCACCUCUUCCCCAGCCUCUCUGACAACAUGUGCCUGAAGAUCAAGCCUGUAGUCUCCCAGUACCUGAAGCAGAAGAAGCUGCCAUACAAUGAGGACACCUACACCUCCAGGCUCCAGCUUUUCCUUCAGAGAUAUGAAGAGCUGAUGGUCCAUGCUCCCCCCAUAACAGAGCUUGUGGGCAUCCAGUGA